ACGACACGCUGCGUCCCCUUCGCGGCGUCUGACGUCACGCCGACGUCGGAAGCGUAGCAAAAAAAAGAUGGCGGCCCCCGACGAGUCGAUACCUCUUUCUUAUUUUUAACUUAUUAAGUGUUUAAUAGUCGCUUCUGAACGAUCGUAUUAGCCAUGGACAAGGUAGAGGAAAGCAUGCCAUCUGCUGAGGAAAACGACCAGCAGGAGAAAGAUCUUAAGGAGGAAGAGCUUACGGAAGAACAAGCAGAACAUGUCAAAGGAGAAGAUGAUGCUGCAGAUGUGGAAGAACUUGGGGAUGAUAGCGAACAUGAAGGUGGGGGUGAACGGGAAGAUAAGGUAAUCCCAAAGGCUGCAAAAAAAAAGAUUCCAUUUAUUACUAAAUCCAAAGAAAAAAAGCGGGACGAGGUCCUGAACCUCAACAAUGAGGUGGUGUGGAUGAGGAAGGAGGUGAAGAGGGUGAGGGCUUUGAUCAUCAGAAAGUUGACGCGGCAGAUGGGCGCACUGAAGAAGAAGAAAGGCAAAGGGAUGGAAGUUGAGAAGAAUCAGAGGAGAGUGGCUAGACUGCUGGAGGAGGUCCGUGCCAUGAAGGUCCUCUCCCCGGACGUGGUGACGAAAACGGCAUUGCAGAAGGAUCUAGAUUUCGAACAAGUGUGCAAAAACCCCAAGUCCACUAUUUCCGACCGGGCUUUAGCACGAAUAGCCACUCACCCGCAGUUCAAAAAGAAGAUUGAGGUCAUCAAAGCUGCCGUGAAAGCCUUCAAAGAGGAGCGGAUGAAGGGUAGAAAGCCGGGGGGGAGGGAAAAGGUGCAAAACAAAGCUGAGAAGGUGACUCUACAAUCUCCAGAGGAAAAGGAAGAGGGAAAGAGUGAGAGAACUGAGGAGAAUAUUAAAGUGGAGCAAAAGGAAAUCUUUGACAAAGAGGAAGGGGGAGAAAUCCUUCAAGACACUAAAGAAGCGGCUGUUGCUGAACCUGAAAAGGAAACUGUGGAAGCGAGUCCUUCAGUGGACACUGCAGUUGAUCUAAGGAAAAAAACACCAAAAACUAAAAAUGUACAAUUGGCUUCAAUAAAAAGUAGUGAAGUAAAGGACAUUGUGAGGAAUAAACCUCAAUCUAAUCAUGCAGAAAAGAAACCCGAGCUGAAGCCUACACCCAAAUUGCUUCCGAAAAAGGAGGAAGGGGGAGAGAGUGAUCUGGAGGCGUCAGAUGAUGAUGAAGAGAAAGAAUACUUCGACGACAGCACAGAGGAACGCUUCAACAAGCAGUCGUCCCAGUCCGAGGAGAGCGACAACGACGACGACAACGGCUUCUUUGUUGGAAAAGUGAGCAAAUUCAAGAAGAAGAAGAAGAAGAAGCAGAAAAGUGUAGCGGGGGACGAGGCCAAUAGGAGUUGUGAAGGGAACCCACCAGACCAAGUCCAGAGCGAACUGGAUGAACUUGAGACCAGGCUGAAGUCUAAAGCGCCCGCUCUUCAGUCCGUCUUUUGUUCCUCGCUCUCUUCUUCCAAGCUUGGCAGGGGCCGAGGAAGGGGCGCCGAUCGAUUCAGCGGCCACGCUGGUCUCGGCGGGGAUUUCAAUAAACACCCAAAGUUCCAAAAGCAGGAGAACGAGGCAGAACGAAAUCCAGGGUCCAAGUACAGCAAGCCCUCCUCUGAGUCCUUUCCCUCUGUCGGUAGAGGAAGGGGGAGAGGCAGGGGUGGAGGUAGAGGUGGAGGUGUCUUCACCCAUCAGGAACCACAGCAGGCACUGCAUCCAUCCUGGGAGGCUAGUAAGAAAAGAAAGGAGCAGCAAGGACAAAUCCUGGCCUUCCAGGGGAAGAAGAUCAAGUUUGAUGACUGAAAAUGUUUGUUUAUACUCGCUGAAUAUGUUCCUUUGUUUGAGAGUGGAACCAUACCUUCGUGGUCCUGUUUGUCUGGAAAGCUAGUGACAUGUAAACAUCGUCAGUCAGUAUGCUGGAUGCUCAACUCCAGUGGAGAUGACCUCAAUGCAGUUAAGUGACCAAUGUCAUUUAACUGCAUGAAUUUCCUUUUUUUGUAUUAAAUAUCAAAAUAACUUUCAGAAUUAUUAUUUUAAAACCGGAUUUGUUCUAAACGUUCAGAUGUCCUACCUGAAGCAAUCUCAUUGAUCAUAAAAUAGUUAAGAACAGUAUUUUUAUUUUAAAAAUUAAGACAUUUGGAAAGUGAUACUUAGUUAGUUAAUUAGUUUUUUGAGGGGAAUCUGUAUAAAACCUGUACACCAUUGCAUUUCGCUGAAUGGUAGUGUCCAGUGAAGUACACAAUAUCUCCAAUUGAUGUUUAGUUAUAGUUGUUAUAACCAAUAAUCACAAACCAAAUAACCCUGUUUUUGUUACUUGUGCUCCCCAAGAUAUGUUUAAGCAACUUGAAAUUUGUGU